AUGGCUCGGCGCCGGCUCGAUGCUGCAGCGUACACGGUGGGAUGGAUAUGCGCAUUGCCCGUCGAGCUGGCGGCGGCGCAGGUGAUGCUUGAUGAGGAGCAUUUGCCUCACGACGGCGUCACCUCGACCCAGUACACGCUGGGCCGCAUUGGUAGCCACAACAUCGUCCUGGCGUGUCUGCCAGCCGGCCAGAUGGGCAUCGGCGCUGCUGCGUUCAGCGCAGGGCAAGCCAUGUCUAGCUUCACGUCAAUCCGCUUCGGACUGAUGGUGGGCGUUGGCGGCGGAGCCCCGAGCGCGGAGGCAGACGUGCGACUGGGAGACGUCGUGGUCAGCCAGCCGGCCUGGCAGCACGGCGGAGUGGUGCAGUAUGACUUUGGCAAGACAGGACCAGGCGGACGAAUGACGCGGACCGGAUCACUGAAUGCGCCGCCCAAGGUGCUGCUCCACGCUGUCACUCAGCUGAGGGCGUCCCGCUAUCAGGCCAGUCAGGACAGAGGUUCCCUUGCAACGCAUCUGUCGGCCUUUGAUCAACAACCGUACUUCAGCCGCGAGAAAGCCGGGCCUGACGUCUUGUUUGAGGCGACAUACCAUCACGAUGGCGGACUGACGUGCGAGCGGUGCAGCAAGGACCAUGUCGUACUCCGGACUGCGCGGAGAGCUGACGAGGAUGUGACCAUCCACUACGGCACGAUAGCGUCUGGCAACCAGGUGAUCAAGGACGGGGCGACGCGAGACCGGCUGAGCAAAGAGCUGGGCGGGGUGCUGUGCUUCGAGAUGGAAGCGGCAGGCCUGAUGAACGACUUGCCGUGCCUGGUGGUGCGAGGCAUCUGCGACUACGCCGACUCACACAAGAACAAGGCGUGGCAGCCUUAUGCGGCAGCGACGGCAGCAGCGUGUGCGAAAGCGAUCUUGUCACUCGUUCCCGCGGCAGAGGUGGUGAGGACCGCAGUAAUGGGAAAAGCUUGCAAGUACCGCGUCCCCUUCAUCCUGAAGGGUGUACCUGUGGGGAAGUUUGCAGAGCGGCCGAAAGACACGGAAGCGCUAGAGCGAGCGCUUCUACCGCAAGACAACAUGAAAGAAAGGCGGUUGCUGGCAGCCUACGGACUGGGCGGCGUGGGUAAGACGCAGCUAGCGGCCAACUUUGCCCGGCGACAGCAGCACAGCUUCUCCUCGGUGUUGUGGCUGGAUGGGAGCAGCGAGAGCAGCCUCAAGCAGAGCUUUGCGGCGUUUGCGAGCCGCAUCCCAGCAGGACAGAUCCCCGAAGCCAGCAGGCUGUAUGCCGCAGGCCAAGGCGGGGACGUUGAUGCAGUGGUGAGGGACGUGCUAGGCUGGCUGAGCAUGGCGGACAACAGCGACUGGCUGUUAGUAAUAGACAACGUGGAUCGAGACGAUCAACGGCGCGAAGACGACGCGGAGGCGUAUGACGUGGGAGAGUACCUGCCGCAGGUUGACCACGGAUCAGUGCUGAUCACGACCCGUCUUCGGCAUCUGGGCCAACUCGGAGAGCGGUGGGAGGUGAGGACGGUGGACAAGGAGCAGGCGCAGGCCAUCUUCAAGACGUGGUACGGGAGAAGCGUGGGUGAGCAUUUCAGCGGCGACGAGCUGCUGGGACUGCUCGACGGGCUGCCGCUGGCCCUGGCGCAGGCUGCUGCGUACAUGAGCGAGACAGGCACGAGCUUCGGCACCUACAUCCGGCUGUACAAAGAGCAGUGGCGAGAGCUGAUGGAGCCACACGACGGCAGGCGCAUGCCGCUGCGGAACUAUGCGAACGGCAGCGUAGCGACGACUUGGACGAUAUCAUACACGGCUGUGAGGGAAAGGAAUGAAGCGGCCGCGAACCUGCUGCUUCUGUGGGCGCAUCUGGACAACAAGAGCUUAUGGCAUGGACUGCUGGCCGCGGCAUCGCAGAAGUCGACCGUAGCUGCAGAGCGAACAUCAGCAUGGCUUCAAGACAUGGCGCGCAGCGAGGUGAAGUUCAUCAACGCUGUUAGGAUGCUCCGGAGCUACUCUCUAGUAGAGGAGGCAGGGGACCAGACAGGCCACUCGACGCACCCGGUGGUGCACCAAUGGGCACUGCACAUGCAAGAUGAUAGGCAACAGACCGUGCUGUCAUGGCUGGCAGUUGUGCUUGUUGGGCUAGCAGUGCCGAUGAGGGACGAGAAGAAAUACUGGGAGAUGCAAGCGCGACUUCUUCCGCAUGCCGAGCGGUGCGAGAAGAGCGUAGUGAGAGAGGACAUAACGGAUCAGGGAGCCGAGGAUGGAGCUAGUGAGCAGGAGAAGGAUAAUAAGACACUGCUGUGGGCAGUCCACAACCUAGUCAACAACUUGGGCAACCUCUACAGGGACCAGGGAAAGCUCGACAAGGCAGAGACGAUGUACAAGCGAGCGCUACAGGGAUAUGAGAAGGGAGUUGGACCUGAAAGAAUCUCUUCCUAUGUACCAGCUCUCAACACUCUGUGGGCCCUCGGUUCGCUAUCUGACAGUCUAGGCCGUGUGGACGAGGCCAGAGUGUGGUAUUCGAAAGCGCUCUCGGGCUACGAGAAGGUGUUUGGGGGAGGUAAUCCCAAGUGUCAGCCAUUGCGCGACAAUCUUGUCGCUCUAGAAAUGAUAGAAGGAGACAGCGACGUCCGAUGCGAGACAGCAGUGCAAGAGCAUGUGUACAGUCGAGGUGUUAUAGACCCCCGUCAAUCACAGCCUAAAUCGGCUUCAAGGCGGCAUAGAGUACUGAAGAAGCUGGGCUGGAAGCGGGCAUGA